CCUAUGGUUCCAUGUCAAGCUGACGUUUCCUUGCAUUUUUAACUCUUGACGUUGACUUCUCAUAAAUAAAAGCUAAAAGAAUAUUUUUGAGGUGUGGUAAACGAAACUAAUGAUUCACAUAUAAUUUGAAUAAAAAGUUCACAAAAGUACAAAAAUGGACAGCCAAGGAAGAAAAGUAAUCGUUUGUGAUAAUGGAACGGGGUUCGUUAAAUGCGGCUACGCCGGCAGUAAUUUUCCUGCUCACAUAUUUCCUUCCAUGGUAGGAAGACCAAUAAUUAGGGCUGUAAAUAAAAUUGGUGAUAUUGAAAUAAAGGAUUUACACGUAGACGGAGUUGCAACCAAUCUUCCUGAUUUGAUGGUUGGAGAUGAAGUGUCAGCACUCAGAUCCUUACUGGAAGUUAGUUACCCAAUGGAAAAUGGUGUUGUUCGGAAUUGGGAGGAUAUGUGCCAUGUAUGGGACUACACUUUUGGUCCAAAAAAGAUGAACUUAAAUCCAAAGGAAACUAAGAUUUUACUGACGGAACCACCAAUGAAUCCACUAAAAAAUAAGGAGAAAAUGAUUGAAGUUGUGUUUGAGAAAUAUGGAUUUGCAGGGGCAUAUGUAGCAAUCCAAGCUGUACUGACCUUAUAUGCUCAGGGACUGAUAACAGGAGUAGUUGUGGACUCAGGGGAUGGUGUAACUCAUAUAUGCCCCAUUUUCGAACAGUACACACUGCCACAUCUAACAAGAAGGUUAGAUAUUGCUGGAAGAGACAUCACACGAUAUCUCAUCAAACUGUUAUUGCUCAGAGGAUAUGCUUUUAACCAUUCUGCAGAUUUUGAAACGGUGAGAAAGAUGAAGGAAAAACUGUGUUAUAUUGGAUAUGAUAUAGAAACAGAAAAACGCCUAGCCUUAGAAACGACUGUGCUAGUAGAACCGUAUACUUUGCCAGAUGGUAGAGUUAUUAAAGUAGGAGGAGAAAGAUUUGAAGCACCAGAGGCACUGUUCCAACCUCAUCUAAUCAAUGUGGAGGGACUAGGAAUUGCCGAACUGAUUUUCAAUACAAUUCAGGCUGCAGACAUAGACAUGCGAUCGGAACUGUACAAGCACAUAGUCUUGUCAGGAGGCUCAACCAUGUACCCGGGUCUUCCAUCGCGAUUAGAGCGCGAGAUAAAACAACUGUACAUAGAACAGGUACUCAAGAAUGACGUAAAGACCUUGAACAAAUUCAAGAUUCGUAUCGAGGAUCCGCCGAGUCGAAAAAACAUGGUCUUCAUCGGCGGCGCGGUGCUUGCUGAGGUCAUGAAGGACCGCGAAGAAUUCUGGAUGUCCAAGCAGGAGUACGAGGAGCAGGGGUUGAGAGUGUUGAAAAAAUUGGGACCUCUCGCUGCGUAGUCUUGCCGAAUCUAUCGUGCUGUUUAUUUUAUCAGGUUCUGAUUGACAGGAGUCUUUAUUUCUCGGAUUUUCUACGAAUGGAAAAGCUAAUCUAGAUUGGAUGUGACAUUUGUGAUAAAAGAAGCUGUAUCGUUACCGGAGAUACUGAGAGGCAUUUUUUAGAGCUGGAAAAUAUACAGGAUGUUUCACUCCGAAUGUGACUCUGAUUGGGUAACAAAGCAAAAUAGAACUACUCGGGGCAAUAUCUUUGCAUCUGAUCGCAAAAAUAUUCUGAUUCGGAUUUUUUACAUAAUCUCAUCCAAAAAGGGUCCCGCAUCCACGACCAAAUUUGUGUCAAACAUUUUUUAAACAAAUCCCAAAAAUUGUUUUUUUUUGCUCCGGUCAAAGUGCUUUUAGGUUUUUUGGGGCAUUCUGAACAAAAAAGUUACUUGGAUGUGAAAUAUUAAAAAAAAAAAAUAAAGAAUCGACUUAUCCGAAUUUUGAUUUGAAAUGUUUAUUUUCGAUUUUGCGCCAUAGUAUUUCGUUAUAAAGAUAUGUAUAUUCUAAAAGCACUAAACGAUAAACUUUUGUCCAAAAUAUGAUUUUAUUAGAGUUACUCUUUUGGAAACAUACAGGGUGUUCUAAAAAUAGACGGAAAUGUUUUAGAGGGUGAUUCCUUGCUAAAAAAUAUGGGAAAAAGUUUCUAUAAACAUGGGUCCGGAAAUGCAGAGUUUUCAAGAUACAGGGUGAUAAAUUAAAAAAAAAAUCUUUUUUAUUAAUAUUUCAAAAAAUAUUUACUCGAUUGUGUUGAAAUUUGGCAAUAUCAUUUGUUGUAUUAAGAGGUUGAUUUAGCCCUAAAUAGAUUAAAAUUAUUAGGUUCAGUGGCGUCCCGGGGGGCAUCUUGGCGAAUAUUAUUGGCAAAAAAUGUACGCCACUGACUUUUGGUAACUUUAAUAUUUGCUGUUUGAUUAAGCAUCUGAAAAUAUAACUUCUUUGUCCCUUGUAUUUUUUUCGUAUCUCACUUCGUUUUCGAAAAAAAAAUGAAAACCGUUUGAUUGCAUGUCACUGGACAAAAUUGGUUUAUUUAUUUUUGCUAAAAAAAUCAAUCAAAGUGCCUUGGAAAACAAAAAUAAAAAAUAGCCUAUUGAUACAACAAAUAAUAUUGCCAAAUUUCAACAGAAUCUAGUAAAUAUUUUUUUAAAAAUUUAUCACCCUGUAUCUUGACAUCUCUGCACUUUCCGACCCAUGUUUAUAUAAACUUUUUUUCAUAUUUUUUAACAAGGAAUCACCAUCUGAAAUAUCUCCGUCUAUUUUUCGAACAUCCUGUAUAUUAACGCGAUAUCUUCAAACCAGCCGACUUAAACAAGGGAAUGUUUUAAAAAUUGCAGCAUUUGUAGCCCCCUCUGCAGCUACGCCAAUGGUGGGACGCUAGGUAGAUAAACACGUCGCGACUACACAUUUUUAUGCUUUUCGUUCGGCAAUCCUUUUGUCGCGAAAGAUAAAAUUGUUGUUACCCUGGGUUGAUUUUUUUACGCAGAAGCCUAAAUGCCGGGGCACCGCGGCUGCUAUGAGGAUCCCAAAGAAAUUUUGUUAAUCCGAUUUUUGAACUGCCUCAGGUUAGUCGAAGUGGGGACAGUCUCCUCUUGUAGACAAAAGAGCGGUCGUAUCGGCCAGUUCUGGAUGUACGAAGUUCUUCCCGAAGUCAGGCGGGUCUGUUUGGCAGGCAGGCAAUUUACGUGGUUCUGUUUUGUUUUUGUGACCUUGUCCACACAUGUAGUCUCAUACCAAUCUAUUUGUAAGGUCUAAGCUUGUGGAGUUUCGAGUGAAAUACUCUGUAUCUAACCAUAACAAACAUUACAAGUAUUAUAGUUUUUGUUGACAAAAUACAUUUUACUCAUUUAAUACCCGAAAUGUUCUCUAAAAUAUGCAAAAUUUUCAGAAUGUUCCAAUAGAACGAACGUUGCUGAUUUCCGAGGGGGGUCUGAAAAGUUUCCGACCUAAAAAAGAUACAAGACAUUUUUUCUGAUUUUUCUUUUAUUUUUCAACAUAGUCUCCUUGUAAAUCUACAUACUUCUCCCAGCAAUGCUCCCAUCUCUGUAAAUAGUACUCGGCGUUUUUCUCUGCAUUUGACGAAAAUCUUUGUCCUCCGAGCGCAAUUUUUAGAUGAGGGAACUAAAAGAAGUCGCCAGGUGCUAGAUCUGGUGAGUAAGGCGGAUGGUCGAGCAGUUGAAGCCGUAAUUCGUGGAUUUUCGCCAUGGCAGCCGCUGAGGUGUGAGACGGUGCGUUAUGUUGGUGAAACAGGAAUUUCUUUUUCUGCAAAUGUGGCCAUUUUUCCGUAAGCUCUGCCAAGCAAUGAUGCGUAGUAUGGUCUUGUAAUGGUUUUUCCCUUUUGAAGACAAUCGAUUAAAAUAGCUCCGUGACUAUCCCAAAAAAACAGUCGCCAUCACUUUCCCAACGUCCACUGUUUGGACUGUAUUUUUGUUUCGGGCAUAUAAUGGUGUAACCAAGUUUAAUAUACCGUAAUUAAUCGGCGCCAAAACUCGGAUUUAUUGCGUCUAAACUGGCCAACAGAGCGUUGGAAAUGUUCAUUCGUGAACACACGCGUCAUCUAACGCGCGCUCAGCUUUCUCAUGCCUAAAUGUUGAUUUAAUAUGUGACAAGCACGCUCAUAACCUCUGCUAUAUCUCUCACUUUAAUUCGGCGGUCGUCCAGCACCAUUUGGUGACCUAUGGCGAUAUUUUCGUCGCUAGUUGCAGUUUUUGGACGUCCCGAACGUUCGUCGUCUCCCAACCUCUUACGGCCACGUUUAAAUUCAGCUGCCGAAAAUUUCGCUGUGGUAAAUGAUGGUGCAGAGUCCCCAUACACAGAAUCCAACUUACCUUUGAUUCGCGUAGGCGUGUUGCCUUUCAAAACAAAUAUUUAAUGACAGCUCGAUACUCGAUUUUGUCCAUUUUCACAAAAAUACUCAUAUCAACUCACUCUAACGACAGAUACAUAACAACUGAGACUCCAAACUUUGGUCAAUAGAAAUUCACUAGCUUCUAUCUACGAGUGCUGUCAUCUUCACGUUGAGGUCGGAAACUAUUCAGUCAGGAAAACACGAGGAAUUAGGAUUCCUGAACAAUCAAUCGUGCAAUUGAUACGUCCUAUGAGGGAUAAGAAUAUUCCGCGCAAGGGUCCUUUUAACUACCUAUGAAACCUAUGAAUCGCUUUGUGUGUUUUGGGGUGAUUGUUUUCCACUGCUUUUAUUUCCUGCUGUUCAUAGUGGUCUGGUUUUACAUUCACCGCAAGGUGUAACACUUCAUUAUUUAGGCACAUAUUUGCGAUGGCUUGGAAAAUUAUAAACUGUUUUUAAAUGGAUGAAACUAUACAUACAAUUUCCCCAAACAAAUGAACGAUCGUAGGGAUUGGAAGAAAUUGUAAUUUUUGAAACCUUGAGCUACAUUAUUGAUGAAGACCAUUCCAAUAUUAUGGAAAAUGUAAUGGUCGAGCGAUUAUGAACGAAAAAUUUUUCACAAGUGAUGGAGACGUUAUUACCUCUUUAGUGUAAGAAUUUUUUGUUUAUUUUGGCUUUGGAUCUACUUAAAUUUUUAUUGGUUCCUUUUGCUUGGGUUAUGUACCUUUUUUAUAUGCGAUAUAUUUAUUUUUUGUUCCAAAUAGUAUGCCUUAUGACUAAUAUCAUUGAGGAUUAUUUCAAAUUUCAUUCAAAUGUAACUGUUCUCUUAAACUGAAACUAUGCAUUUUUGAAUAGUCUUAUAUUUUUUUUAUAACAACUACUGUUUGUAUUAUGUCAUUAUAUGUUUAUAUUUUUGUCAUAUUUUUACAUUCCUUUAU